AUGCCGAACCGGGAAUUGGAGCCGGGAAUUGGAGCCGGGAAUUGGAGCCGGGAAUUGGAGCCGGGAAUGCCGAACCGGGAAUUUGAGCCGGGAAUGCCGAACCGGGAAUUGGAGCCGGGAAUUUCUGGGGAGCCUCCAAAAGGUGGCAGGGACAAAGGCGGCGGGAUGUCACCCCCGCACCGAGUGACCCCGCGGGUGACACCGAGUGACCCCGCGGUGCUGGCGCUGGAGUCACGGUCCCGCCGCCCCUUCGGGGGAAAUCCAGGGAAUGCGAACGAUCCCGAGCUUCAGAUCUCCGGGAAGCAUUCCAAGGACAGCGGAUUUUCACCGGCAAAAAAUUCCUCGGAAAUCCAGGACUUCCUAAAAAUCCGACGGAUUCUCCCGGUUUUUCUGCAGAACAAGGAGAGCGCGGAGCCGGAAUCCAAAAUUCCCAGGGAAGAUGAGGAAGAGGAGCCGGUCAAGCACAGGGAGAUCAAGCUGCGGAAUUACGAUCCCGAGGAUGAGGAGCUGAAGAAGAGGAAGCUGCCCCCGGCCAAACCGGCUUCAGUGGAGGAGACGGUGAAGGAGCAGCUGGAAGCGGCCAAGCCGGAGCCCAUCAUCGAUGAGGUGGACCUGGCGAAUUUGGCUCCCAGGAAACCGGACUGGGAUUUGAAGCGGGACGUGUCCAAGAAGCUGGAAAAGCUGGAGAAGAGGACGCAGCGAGCCAUCGCGGAGCUGAUCCGAGAGCGCCUGAAGGGGCAGGAGGAGGAGCUGGCCUCGGCCGUGGGAUCCGCAAAGCAGGACGGGAGCGACUCCGACUGAGGAGAAUCCAUCGGGAACGGGAUCCGGAUCUGCCUCGCGCUGGCCCCGUGGCCCUCCCCGCUCAUCCCUCUUCCCAAAAUUCCCCAAUCCUGGGAUCGUGGGGGGUUGAUGGGAGCGGGACAGACCCUCCCCAGUUCGCUGGAACUUCCUUUGAACAAGGAAAAGUGGGAAAACUCCAGGCUGGGGUUGGAAAAGUCAAUCCAGACUUGCUGGGAAAGGAGGGAGAUUCCAACAGCCCUUGGAAAAUCAGGAUCAUUUCCCAGGGAUUGGUUCCUGUGCAGAGACUCCUCGAGGUUCUGAGGGUUCGGGAAUAUCCACGGCCAGCCCUGGAAUUCCCAUGGGAAGGCUCGGGAAUCAUUGGCUGCUCCGCAUCUGGCUGAGUUCCGUGUGGGAUUUGCUUGGCUCCCGGAAUUUCCCGACGCUCCGGGAGCGUUUCCCGCUCCUCCUUUUGGGGUUUUUUUAUGGUUAAUGGAUCUUUUCCUAAUAAAACAGUUCCGUGUGGAAAA